AAAUACAAUUUAUAACUUAGUUUUCCUACAGUUAACAAUGUACUUACUCAAAAUAUUAUUCAAAAAUAAUUUUAAAAAAAUCUGAAAAGAAUAACGAGUGAAAUCAUUGCUGCACGCUAUUAAAAUUUGUGAUGAAAUGUCCCACUUCCACCCACAAUCCACCACUAAAUAUUAUUAAAUUAAUUUGAACCAAAUUAAUAUUGCACGAUUUAUAAUGCUAAUCAGAGUUCUUUAGGGUUGAAAAAAUGUUUUUGCCUUCUUAACUAUUUUCGAAAUUUUAUGCUUUUUAAUUUACGGAACCAGUAUCGUUUGCAUAUCAUUGUGCAAAUAAAAUCAUUCAAAAAAUUUAUUUAUAAAAAGAAUUGUAAUGUUUCUCGUAAAAAUAAUUUCAACUUUUAUUUUAAAUUAUUAUAUUUCAUACUUUUAUGUGAAGUAGAUCCUUAUCCCCGUAUUAACCCCUAUCCAAAUAAAAAAUCCCUUUAAAUAUUUUGAUUCCAAUUUUGAUAUUAUAAUUAAAUUCGGUAUAGAAUAUAUCAAUAUAGAUUAUUUAAACAUAAAUAUGUAUAUGCUUAUUAUCAACUUGAGAUAUGGUAACCCACUGGUUGUUUAUUGUAAAAGGUAUAAUUGGCGCAUGCAGUUUUUGAAUGUAAAAAUAUUUAAGUAUGUUCUGAUUUAAAUCUUAUUUUUAAAACGGUAAUUUGUUACAUUGGUGAUAAAAUAAAGUAAAAAAAAAUGGGCGAUCUUGUAGAAUUUUCCACACCACGAAAACAUCAAAAUUUGUUUUAUAAAGUAACAAACAACGCUCUAAUCUUCUACGUCAAAGGUGUAGCUAACGCGACUGUGGGGCUAGCUCGGACACCAGAUGAUUGCAUACAUUGGGUUGUAAUAGGUAAUGAAGUCUGUUUCAUAAUUAGUGAAGGAAAUCGCUAUCAGCUUACAUCGUCCAAAAAUGUCCUAUCUGAAUCAAAAUACAAAAUGUUUUGGAUUUCUUGGAACAACGGAAAUAUAAAAUUGGGCCAUGGCAAUAAAACGUCACCUAUAUUUUCACAUAAAAUUUUGGAGCAAGAUUUGAAUUUUGUGACAUUUUCAUCAUUUAAAGAAAAUGAUUUGCACUGGAAAUGUUAUUAGCCUCCUGAAAAGAUAUCUCUUAAGCCAGCUAUGAAGAAAGUAAAGGGUGGGAAACCACAUUGGGUUAAAUUCCACAAGAAGUUGCCAGAAGAUUCAAUUAUAGGUGGAUAUGAAGAAGAAGUCCUUUACAUAAUGAGAGCUAUGCACGAAACAGCUCUAACUCCGGGAAAAUUCGUUCCCUCAACUGGAAAGGGCUACGUAGAAUGGGGAUGGCAUGUCCAUGAGAAGUCGGAAUUUGAAAUUUUCUGUGGAUAUGAUUGCAUUUGGGUUCCAUCGUCCGGUAAUAAGAUACCAGUAGGAGCAAUUGAAGCUGGAUACACUGAAGGAGUGCAUGAAAUAAUGUACAUAGGUCGUGUAAUGUACAAUAAUCAUGUAAUACCAGGAAAAAUUGCACCAUCUCACUGUGUUUGUUAUAUUGCCUAUGCUGGACAAUCAUUGGCAAUAGAAGAAUAUGAAAUUUUGGUAGAUCCAUUUCAAAGAAACAAAAGUGUUAAUGAUUUCUAUGUUUCAAAUUUACACACUCCGAAUUCAAUGUGACAAAUAAUGUUUUAAAUUCGCGACAUCUUUUGUAAUGCCUUUAAGCUGUAUUGUCCUUUGCGAACCAUAAUUUUAAAGACAUAAUUGUU